GUUGUGCGGCGUAUGCUGAUCUGACCCGGAGUUCCCCACUUAGCGACAAUAAAGCAAAACAGCAAGUGGAUCCACUGGCGCCGGCGGUUUCUGAUUUGAAAAAGAUCUUCCCAGAGUGGGUUUUCGACCUGUGUGGAGGCUGAGUGUAAGGCGUCUCAUCAUGGAAGAGUAUGACGACGAUGAUCGGCACGAGGUAGAAAUUGUGUACGAGAACAGCCCCAGCGCUAAGGGACGGUUUAACCGAUGCCGGAAGCACCCAGGCCACCGAGGCUUCACUCCGGUCCGAGAGUUCACCCUGCAGCACCUACCAGCCUCCCACAGGAACGAGCUCUUGCUGUCCUACGUGCGCUGUCUAGCCGAUCUGUGCGUCUGUCUGGACGUAGGUUGUGUCAGCUCUGGCCGGCCCGACUUGGCUCCGAAUGGCAAGAGUCCGUACCCUCUCUCCAAGUACAAAGGUCGCCCUGUGAGCUCUGUGGGGAGUGGCUGUGUCAGUUGGGUCGAAAUGUGCGGGCUGCCAGCAGCAGACGAUGACGGGGACGAUGUGGAUGCAACGACCGGUGUCGUGGCGCUUUGUGAUGACAGUUCUGACGAUAGCGUACACGGGAACAGCCCCUCCUUCGGACCGGGAACACCCAGAGAGGAUGCCAGUAUCGAGGCGAAUGAAAGGCUGGUAAAAAGAUUAAAGGUUGAGGAAAAUACCGUUGUCAGGGACAGUUCUAAUGUUGUUUCUAUGACCAAUACAAUCAAUGAAGGGUUUGGCAGCUUGGGUGACAGGCUUAAUGAAAGUGCUGAAAGUAAACCUCAAGCCAAAGGGAAUGUGAAAGAAUUCCCAUCUUCGUUUUUGAAACAAAACACACGGGAGGUCAGCCCUGAAGACAAUGUUUCUCAGAACGAGGGUCACUUAUUGGAAUUUGACACACAAGGGGAAACGCCAAAACUGGCAUCCUUAGAAGUUGAAGACAGCGGCGCCGUGAACGAUGAAACAACGCUGAAUAAAGAGUUUGAAGAUCGUGAGGGUAGGGAACAAAACACGGACAAUUCUCAGAGAGUGGAAACCAUGUCGAAGGAGGACGAAGGAGAAGAAAAAAGUUCUCAGCUGGCUGUUCAGAAAAGCGAAGAAAAUACCAAGGGCUCAAUCAAUAAUGAGGACUUCGGAGAGAUUACAUCGCAGGAGGAUAGUGUGGAGAAUGCCCCGCUAGGACAAGGUGGUGCAUGUGGUGACGAGCCGACCAUAGAGGUGUUUGAAGAGUUCGACGAAGAGGACUGGCGGCCAGACACCUCGGGUCCGUGCGUGUGUCCGGAGUGCCAGCGGUCAAGCCAACCUCACAGGGUGUGGUGGCUCAUCGACGUCAUCACGGCCAGUCAUGUCGUGUGCGAUGAAAUCGAGUGCGCCAAGACCAGCAUCAAGUUCUUCUACGACGACGACAACGACACCAAAGAUGUGGUAACGAUAACAUGCGGGGGAGUGGACUCAGCCGCCAUUGAAGCAGAUAAGAGAAGAAUUUGGUGCGCCACACACGACGAAAGUUUUGGGCUGAAGUUGCAGAAGAUCUUCAUGAACUACCUGGAAGUAGCGGAGCAAGUGCGAGUAAAAUACCGUGGGGUCACCACAAACCUGUCGCUGGCUGUUACUCACCCACACGGUUACCAGAAGCACGUGACCCUAGGGCAGCACGUUGAAGAGAAAAUGACGUCGUUUGGAUGGUUUGAGAUUCCCACCUACAAACACACAGCCGGCACAUGCCCGGGCAGUAGCGGAGGAAGGAUAUGCCGGCUGGGAGGGGCGAGACACUUCUCCUACGAUACCUCUCCACACAGCUUUGCCAUUGAUAAACUCUACAACAUGACCGGGAGGCCUUGGAUGUUUUCCUAGAUUGAGGUCUUAUUAUUCUGCUUCCAAAGAUUAUUUUCAUACACUUCUCUUUUCGUAAAGUAUAUUCAUAUUAUUCUGUUUCCACAGAUUAUGCUCAUAAGAUUCACUUUUCAUAAAGAAUACUCCUAUAAUUCAGUUUCUCUAGUGUAUGUUCAUAUGAUACUGUUUUCAUAGAUUUUGACCAUGUAAUUUUGUUUUCAGAGAGUAUGGUUAUAGAAUUCUACUUUUGCAGGUUUGUUCAAGUAAUUUUUCUGUUUUCUUUGAGUAUGUUCAUUUAAUUCUAAGUUCAUAGAUUGUAUGUAUGGCUCUUUUUGUCUAUUCAGACGGUCAAUUUAGCUUGAGAUGGCCUGAAGGUUGUCU